GACACCUAUCUUUCCCUCUUUUUUCCAAAUAUAAUAACCUUUUCAUAACAUUUGCAGCACACACAUCUCAUAUAUAUAUAACAUUCAUUCCCCCACUUCUCAAAACUCAACCUUUUCUUCAUCAAACCAUUCCAAAUCUUCUUCCUUUUUUGCCCUGCUUCGUGGGGUUCCUCCCUCUCAAAUGCUAUUGAACCUUCUUCACAUUCUCAUUCUCAUCUGCUUCUUCUUCUUCUGUGUCUUUGCUGCUGCUGUUUCUUCUGAUUCUGGGCUGUUUUGCUUUCACUUUCUGCUGCUGUCACUUGGAUUCUUCUGCUUUUCGACAUGCCUACCCUUGUUAAUUACAGUGGCGAUGAUGAACUCUAUCCUGGGAGUUCCUUUGGUCCCAUGGAUUUGGGUAGAUUGUACACUAUCGGUUCCAAUGUGGAUGUGUACUACCCUCCUAACAAGCGAGCUCGGAUCAGUGCCCCCUUUAUCUUUAACAACCAUGAGCAUGAGAAAGAUCAAAAGCCUAGUGUUGACACCCUUCCUGAUGAGUGUCUCUUCGAGAUAUUCAGACGGCUCCCUAGUGCCAAAGAGAGAAGCUCAUGUGCUUGUGUUUCUAAAAAAUGGCUUAUGCUUAUGAGCAGUAUCUGCAAGGCCGAAAUCGAGAGGCCUGCUUCUUCAGAUGUUGAAAUGAUCUCUUCAGAUGAGGAUCAAGAUGGGUACCUUACAAGGUGUUUGGAAGGGAAGAAAGCUACUGAUGUAAGGCUUGCUGCAAUUGCUGUUGGGACUAGUGGCCGUGGGGGACUUGGGAAGCUCUCUAUUAGGGGAAGCAACUCGGUGCGCGGUGUCACGAAUCUUGGCCUCUUGGCAGUUGCUCACGGUUGCCCUUCUCUAAGAUCACUUUCUCUGUGGAAUGUAUCAUCUGUUGGUGAUGAAGGUCUAGCUGAAAUAGCAAAGGGAUGCCAUCUAUUAGAGAAGCUUGACUUGUGCUUAUCUUCCUCAAUCAGCAACAAGGGUUUGAUUGCAAUAGCUGAAGGAUGCCCGAACUUGACAACCUUAAACAUUGAAUCUUGCUCGAAGAUUGGUAAUGAAGGCUUGCAAGCAAUUGCAAGGUGUUGCCCCAAGUUACAGUCAAUCUCUAUUAAGGAUUGUCCUCUUGUUGGGGAUCAUGGAGUAUCUAGUCUGUUAUCAUCGGCUUCUGAGCUAUCAAGGGUAAAACUUCAGGCCCUGAACAUCACCGAUUUUUCUCUGGCUGUUGUUGGACAUUAUGGAAAGGCAAUCACAAAUUUGGUUCUAUGUGGUCUCCGAAAUAUCAGUGAAAGGGGCUUUUGGGUCAUGGGUGUUGCUCAAGGUCUGCAGAAGUUGGUUUCAUUAACCAUCACUUCUUGCCGAGGGGUAACCGAUGCAAGCAUCGAAGCUUUGGGCAAGGGUUGUUCCAAUUUGAAACAGAUGUGCCUUCGCAAGUGUUGCUUUGUAUCUGACAGUGGACUUAUAGCAUUCGGCAAGGCUGCAGGGUCUCUUGAGAGCUUGCAGUUAGAGGAGUGUAACCGGGUUACCCAGUCUGGGAUCAUUGGUGCCCUUUCAAACAUCAAACCAAAGUUGAAAUCUCUCACCCUUGUGAAGUGCAUGGGAAUCAAGGAUAUUGAUGUGGAAGUAUCCAUGCUAUCUCCUUGCAAGUCUCUUCGGUCGUUAACUAUUCAAAACUGCCCCGGUUUCAGUAGUGCUAGCCUCGCCAUGGUUGGAAAAUUGUGUCCCCAAAUUCAGCAUGUUGAUCUAACUGGACUUUAUGGCAUAACAGAUGCUGGCCUUCUCCCUCUAUUGGAGAACUGUGAGGCAGGACUAGUCAAGGUGAACCUUACCGGCUGCUGGAACUUGACAGAUAGCAUUGUUUCAGCCUUGGCUAAGCUACAUGGUGGAACCCUUGAGUUAUUAAAUCUCGAUGGAUGCUGGAAAAUCACCGAUGCAAGCUUGGUUGCGAUUGCAGACAACUGCCUGUUGCUCAACGACCUAGACGUGUCGAAGUGUGCCAUCACUGACGCAGGUGUAUCCAUUCUAUCUCAUGCCACGCAGCUUAGUUUACAAAUUCUUUCUUUGUCUGGCUGUUCUGAUGUGUCAAACAAGAGUGUGCCUUUCCUGAAAAAGUUGGGCCAAACCUUGUUGGGUUUGAAUCUUCAACACUGCAGUUCAAUUGGCAGCAGCACAAUUGAUUUGCUAGUGGAGAAUCUGUGGAGAUGUGAUAUUCUGUCUUAAUCAAUCAUAAUAGAAGUAUAUAAACUCAGGAAAGGAACUAGAGUUGAAGAAAAUGGAACUGGAAAUUGGAGGACUCUACACUACACUACACUACACUACACUACAUGAUGAUGCAUUGAGCUAUAUAAUAAAGAACUCAACAAGGGGUAACAUUCAGCAUACUUUUUGGGCUGAUAUGCACCUAUCAAUGGUGGAUUGGUGGUGGUUUGUUGGCUUAGUUGUUUUCCAGGGAACUUUGGCAUGUACCUUACACAACCCCUUUUUUUUGCAAGCAUGAUUCACACAUAAAUAUGCUUGUUACAACCCUUUUUUGGCCUCGGCUAAGUGCAGGCCACUCACUUUUACUGCUAUGUUCCCCUGAGAAUACAGUUACUAAGUCUUUUUGGUUAAUGGUUUCCACUGCUUGAUGGUGCAUUGCUUAUAGUCCCUCUGGAUGUUAUGUACCUUGUGUUUGAGCUUCUGUCGCACAUUACUAUGAUGUUGGCUAGACUUAAGCUUUGUUUCUUUUUGUCUUGUCGCUCUGGUUGUUUAGUUCAAUCCUAAGGGUAGAUGUCUCAUAUUCCAGGGCUUUGGUGUGACAGGGCAUUCAUUUGUUCUGCCACAACAAUCCAAGUUUUGGGUUGUUUUUUUUCUUGUUCUUUUUAUAGUCCAGUCCUUGUUCUUGUAGGCUUCUCUUGCUUAUGAAUUGUACUCAGCAAACUACUUGGUUUAUCUUUCAUAAUAAUGCAAUCUCCAGUUUCCAGGAUA